UCAAUGAAAGAAUUAAUGGUCGUAAUUUUAUUAAUUCCUCUUGUGCAAGCCAUAACAAUUGAAUGGAUAAAUGAAAUUAACGAUGUUUUACAAAAUCACACUCAACUUGUAAAAGAUUACAUAUUUAAUGAAAUUGAAAAACUCACUAGAUCACUAGUGUAUUUUGAAGAUGAUAAAAAGGAUAAAGUUCCUACGAAGCUCACAUUUACAAAUGAGAGUAUUAAAGUACCGAAAGAAAUUACAAUAAAUAAGAAUAAUAGAACAAAUAUUGAUUUAAAUACAAUAGUGUCAUUUCGUUUAUACACAUUGGAAAUAUUGGGCGAUUAUGAAAUUUUGAAAUUCAAUAAUAGUGAUAGUUUGAAUAAAAGUCAUUUUAAUACGAGACGAGCAACUAAAUUAAUUACGCACGGUUAUUUAACUUCUGGCGAUGGACCGUCAUGCACCUUGAUACGAGAUGCGUUUCUGAAUAAAUCCGAUUCAAACGUAAUCGUCAUUGAUUGGAGUCCUGCAUCGAAAGAUUCAUAUUUAUUGGCAAGGUUAUUAGUGCCACUAAUUGGAGUUCACGUUGGUAAAAUGCUAUCAUUUUUAGAGGACAAUGGAAUGGAUGAAGGUACAACAACACUUGUUGGACAUUCGCUUGGUGCACAUAUAAUGGGAAUUGCUGGAAAGAAUGUUAAAAGAAGAGUAAAAUACCUUAUUGGACUCGAUCCGGCAAUGCCUCUCUUUCGUUUCGUUGAACCGUCAGAAAGAAUUUCCACUGGUGACGCAGAUUUCGUCGAAGUAAUUCACACGGACGCUGGAAUUUUAGGUCUUCCGGAGACAGUUGGCGAUUAUGAUUUCUAUCCAAAUGGAGGAAUGUUUCAGCCAGGCUGUGAAAGUGAGGAUUUACUUUAUACAGCGGCGUGUUCACAUUCAAGAUCCUAUAUGUAUUACGCCGAAUCAAUUGCAAAUCCAUCGCAUCCAUUUUAUUCACUUCAGUGUGACGAUUAUAGUGCCUUCAAGUAUAAUGUCUGCACAUCGUAUGACGAUAUUAUGGGAUCAAUUAAUCAAACAUCAAAUCGAACUGGUCGUUAUUAUUUAAAUACAAAUUCAGAAUCACCAUAUUCCCUGGGUAAAGGCUACGGGAAACCGAUAUGUUCACAAUGGGAUAUUGUCAAUUUUUUUCAAAAUAUUGUUAGCAAAGCGACGGGCGGUUAUAUUUGCUAAAUUCAUUGAUAAUUUACAAUUACAAAAGAUUUACAGCUUAACCCCUUUGAUUGCGAAUGGCGAAGAUCUUUUUCAUUUCGGACUUUUCUCAGAACUUUUCUCAGGUUUUCGUAGUUGCUGAUUUCAACUAAGACAUCAGUUUUCAAAAAUUCAAAAUGGCGGAUCCAAUAUGGCGAACGAAUUUUUAAAAUUUACAUAAUUUUGCCUGAAACUUGUAACUCAGGUUUUUUUCAGGAUCGCUGAUUUCAAAUAAGACAUCAGUUUUCAUAAAUUCAAAAUGGCGGAUCCAAUAUGGCGAACAAAUUUUUAAAAUUUACGUAACUUUGCUUGAAACUUGUUACUCGUGGGUUAUCGGAAUCGCUGGUUACGAAUAUAUUGCUACUUUUCAAAAAUUAAAUAUGGCGGACGAAUUUUCAAAAUUUUUUAAACAAAAAUGGAAACCUAAAAUUUUUAAAAGUUCACCAUUUUUCUAGAAACUUGUUACUCAUGGUUUUCGGAGUU